AUGAAAACGGGCACUCUUUUCGAAUGGGACCAAGCUUGUAGUAAUGCCUUUGAGAGCAUCAAGUCUUACUUGACAAAACCACCAAUUUUAGCAGCUCCUGUUCCUGGAAAGCCAUUGAUACUUUACAUAUCAGCUCAAGAAAGAUCAGUGGGAGCACUCUUAGCCCAAGAGAAUGGCAAAGGGAAAGAAAAUUCCCUUUACUACUUCAGUAGGAUGAUGACACCAAAUGAGUUGAAGUACUCGCCAAUUGAAAAGCUAUGUUUGACCUUAGUCUUCUCAAUUCAAAAGAUGAAACACUACUUUCAAGCUCACGCCGUCCGUCUUAUUUCUAAAGCCAACCCCAUCAAAUUUGUGAUGUCGAAACCUGUCCUUAAUAAUCGACUAGCAAGAUGGUAUCUCCAAUUUCAGCAAUUUGAAAUUGUCUAUGUUCCUCAAAAGGCAGUAAAAGGGCAAGUAUUGACAGACUUCUUAGCAGACCACCCGAUACUUGAUGAUUGGGAACUCACUGAUGAAUUACCUGAUGAAGAUGCAAUGGUUGUUGAAGUUCAACCGCCUUGGACGAUGUAUUUUGAUGGGGCCUCACAUCGUGAAGGAGCUGGCGCUGGGGAAUAUCAAGCCUUAAUACUUGGGCUUGAAAUGGCGGUUGAUAUGAAGCAAUUGCAAUUACAAGUUUUUGGAGACUCUGAAUUAGUGAUCAAUCAAUUGUUGGGUAGCUAUGAAGUCAAAAAGCCAGAAUUGCGUCUCUAUCAUGACUAUGCACAAAAAUUGAUUAGAUGGCUCGGAGAUGUAACUCUUCAACAUGUUCCAAGAAAGGAGAAUAAGAAAGUUGAUGCUUUAGCCGCUUUGGCUUCAACUUUAACUCUGCCUGAUCAAGCGCAAAUCACUAUCUGCCAAAAAUGGAUAGUACCACCGGAUGUGGAUGAAGAAAGCAAAUUUGAACAUCUUGUAGCUGUCUCACAGGUUGAGAUAAUCGAUUGGAGACAUGCUCUGAUUGAUUACUUGUGUUACAAUAUACUUCCAGAAGAUCAAAAGAAAAGGACUGAAAUUCGUCGUCAUGCUCCUAGGUUUCUUUACUACAAAGAUACUCUAUAUCGAAGAUCAUUCGAGAGAGUACUCUUGCGUUGUUUGGGGGAAGAAGAAGCGAUUCAAGCUAUGCAAGAAGCACAUUCUGGAGUUUGUGGAUCACAUCAAUCUGGGCCCAAGUUACACUUUCAUAUAAAAAGAAUGGGGUAUUAUUGGCCAACAAUGGUAAAAGAUUGCUUGGAUUAUGCUCGAAGAUGUCAAGCAUGCCAAUUUCAUGCAAACUUUAUUAACCAACCUCCUGAUGUAUUACAUCCGACUGUUGCAUCUUGGCCAUUUGAUGCUUGGGGGCUAGACGGGGUUGGACCACUACCUAAAUCUUCUGGUGGUCACUUGUACAUCUUGGCUGCGACAGAUUACUUCUCAAAAUGGGCUGAGGCUGUAGCCCUCAAAGAAGUAAAGAAGGAAAAUGUUGCAAACUUCAUCAGGCAACGUAAUUCAUCAAUGUAUUAUGCUGCUGCAAAUGGACUAGGUGAAGCAUUUAACAAGACCUUGUGCAACUUGUUAAAGAAGGUCGUCUCCAAAUCUGAAAGGGAUUGGCAUGAUAGAAUGGAAGAAGCUCUUUGGGCAUAUAGGACGACUCAUCGCACGCCGACUCAAGCAACUCCCUAUUCUCUUGUUUUUGGAACUGAAGCAGUCCUUCCACUUGAACGACAAAUACCGUCAUUGAGGCUUGCCAUCCAAGAAGGACUUACUGAACAAGAAAAUGCUUGUCUGCGCCUUGAAGAGUUAGACUCUCUCGAUGAGAAAAGGUUGGAAGCUCAACAAAGUCUUGAGUGCUAUCAAGCUCGUCUUUCUCGGGCUUUCAAUAAAAAAGUUUGCCUAAGGUCUUUCCAAGUCGGUGAUCAAGUGCUUGCGGUAAGAAGACCAAUCAUCAUAUCUCAUAAAUCAAAAAGCAAGUUCACAUCAAAAUGGGAUGGACCAUAUGUCAUUCAAGAAGUCUAUUCAAGCGGAGCUUACAAAAUUGUGGACGCAGACGGCUUGCGGAUCGGUCCCAUCAACGGAAAAUUCUUGAAGAAGUACUAUCCUUGA